CUAGGAGUUCUACCUUCUUCUCUGUGUGAACUUUCUGAUUGUUUCUUUUAUCUGAACUAUCUAUGUCCAGUAUCGAGACGCGUGCGCAGACAGCGAAAAGAGAAGAAAGGGAGAGAGAAGGUGUUCUGUUUGAGAGUGUGAGGGGCAAGAGGAGUGUUCGUCCAAACGUGAGGAGAGAGCAGACCCCUCUUGAGAGAUCUACUGACACCCCUUCCUCCGGCAUGGCAGACAUCACAUCUGCCCAAUGGCAGGCCAUGCUGGACACAGCGGACGAGAGCGAGAAACCGUUCUUUCAAAAAUUGUAUGACGACGCGGUACAAAGGGAGAGGGAGGUAGAGGCAGCAACCAGGGCUACAAGCAUAGCUGCUCAGGUGGCCCUCCUACAGGUCCCGGAAGCCAAUGCUGACCGGUUCCAGGAGAGGCUAGUUGGUGCCGUAGCAGCCUUGGUUCAACUGCGGAACUUGGAGGAUCUUGAGUCCCGUGUGACAGCGUUGGAGCAGCGGAACCAAGAGCUGCAGGCUGAGAUAAUCAGCCUCAAACAGUCCCAACUGUCUGCCCCCCGCCCUCCUAACUCUCGACUUGCUGUAGUCUCGGUCUCUCAAACUAACACAGUCCUCGCAAUAAGGGCAAGCGGAACUGUGGCAAGCGCAGGAACCGGCACCAACUCCUCGAGCGGCAGCACCGGCAGUUCUGCGCUAGUCAUGGUCCCAAAUGCAGGGACAUCAGCCCAAAAUGCCACAGUCCUUACUGGCGUUCAGUACAGCGGUCCCAUGGUGGACAAGCGGGCGGCCACGCUGCCGUCCAAGUACGACGGGAAGGCAGACAUCACCUUUUGGAUUAGUUUCAUGCGGUCGUACUUCGAGGUCAUGCGGACACCGCAAGAGGACCGGAGUAUGAUCAUGGGGACUAAUACUGAGCCCGCCGUACGAAACCACAUUGAGCUCCAAGCUGUUGCUGCAGGCUAUGAACGCAUAGACCUGACUGAAUGGCUGAAGGUCACCCCUGUACGCGCCCUUGAGGACCUUCUCCUUGCACGAUAUCAAGACAAGCAUGCUGCGCUCAAGGCUAGGCUCAAGCUUGAGGCCCUCAAGGGUCAGACAUGGAGGUCUUCCAUGCAAGCUUUGGAGCAACACUUGACUGGUCUGUUCACUACACCGGAUCUGGGAAUGACUGACGUGUCUUGUAUGGAUGUAGUCAUGAGAGUGGCCCCCAAAGAGUAUCUCUCCCUGUUGGCACUCAAAGACCACUCCACCUGGCGAGAGCUCAUGACGGAUCUAGUAAACCUAGAGGCCAAGGACCUCGCCAGGCGGAAGAAGGCGCCCGCUGCAGGUGGGAAACCACAACGCAAGCGGUUUGGAAGCAGCAACCAGCUUGCACUGCAUGAUCAUCAGGAGGCUGAAGAUCAGUCCUAUGCGGAUGAUCUGUCUCUAGAUGACGAUUUAGAGCCGGACUCCGAUAUGGGCUGUUCCACAUCAGCCAUUGAGUCUGACAUCAACGAAGAUGAAAAGUUGAAUGCUUUUAGAAAGACUGCUUCAAACAAGGGGCCCAACCGUGGUUCGGGUAAGGGAACUGUUGUCCACCUUCCAAAGAACGCGAAGAUCCCUGAGAAACCGGAGGAUGCAUCAACCAAGCCUUGGGAAGCCCUCCGUGUGCGCGUCACCUUUGACAAAGACCGCACUGUCACACAUGAGCUCAACUUCUAUGUCAUGGACAAGUGCCCGUUCGACACGGUCAUUGGCUUGGGCUGGUUAAAGGCUCAUUUCCUAAGGACCACGUGGGCGGACAACCAGUUCGUGGUGCGUGAUGCCAAGGGGAACGAGCGUACCGUCCUAUUGGAUGAGACGCGCGAGUCCCCUGUGGCUCUUUUAAGUGCAACCAAAUUCUGCAAAUCAAUGUGCUGGCGCAAGGAGAUUGAGCAUGUACAUGUAGCUUUCGUAAAUCCUAUCCAUGUGCCUUCUACUUUUGCUGCGUUUUCUACCUCGGUAAGUAACUCUACUUCUACCACCUCUGUUUCUAAUCCAUCUACUUCUACUGUGAAUAAUCCUUCAACUUCUAAUCCGGUUGUCAUUGCUGUAAAUUCUCAGUCUAAUUUUCUUUCUCCUGAUGAGGAUGAUCCUCCACCGGAAGUCCCAACAAACAUUCGCCAGCUAUUAGAUCGAUUCCCUGAAGUUUUGGCCGAACCUCGUGGAGUUCCCGAGUGUCCAGUCAAACACAAAAUCGAGAUAAUAGAGGGGAGUGUUCCUCCAAAGGGCUGCGUCUAUCGUAUGGGACAAGGCGAGUUGGAGGAAUUGAGAAGGCAGAUUGAUGAUAUGAUUGACCGUGGAUGGAUUAGGCCCAGUGAGUCUGAGUUCGGUGCACCUGUCCUGUUCGUGCCAAAGAAAGGAGGCAAACUCCGGAUGUGUAUUGACUAUCGUGGCCUUAAUCGGAUCACAAGAAAGAAUGCUUACCCUUUGCCUCGCAUAAAUGAUCUGCUGGAUGCGGCAGGUGGGUGCAAGGUCUUCUCCAAGAUCGACCUCAAAUCUGGUUACCACCAGAUUGAAGUUAAUCCGAGUGACCAGCACAAGACUGCAUUCAAAACACGCGAUGGGUUGUACGAGUUCAUCGUUAUGCCCUUCGGUCUUACGAAUGCGACGACCACCUUUCAAUGCCUCAUGGACAAGGUACUUUGCCAUCAACUCAACAGGUUUGUGGUUGUGUACCUUGACGAUAUCCUGAUCUUCAGCAAAACCAUGGAGGAGCACCUCAAGCACCUUGAGGAAGUUUUGCAGGUCCUCAAGGAGGCGCAGUUGCACCUCAACUUAGAGAAAUCUGAGUUUGGGAGGGACAACGUCAUCUAUCUUGGACACCGGUUGUCUGCAAACGGCCUUGAGCCGGAGGCAACCAAGGUUGAGGUCAUCCGAAACUGGCCUCAACCGGCAAACGUACGCGAACUGCGUUCUUUUCUUGGUCUGGCCUCGUAUUACCGAAAGUUUGUGCCCAAAUUCUUUGUCAUUGCUCACCCUCUCUCAAGACUAACCAMCAAGAAUGUUGCCUAUGCAUGGUGUGAGAAGUGUGAGACUGCGUUCCAAGCCUUGAAAGAGGCAUUGGUGAGUCAUCCUGUGCUUCGCAUUGCAGAUCCCAACCUCACKUUCGUAGUCACUACGGAUGCGAGCMAGUUCGGGAUUGGUGCAGUGCUGCAACAAGAUGAUGKUGAUGGCCUGCGUCCGCUCGAGUAUUACAACAAACGCAUGCCCAACCACAAGGUAGCUACUUCCACGUAUAUGCGUGAGCUCUACGCCCUGCGCGAAGCUCUUGCACAUUGGAAACACUACCUCUUGGGUCGCCACUUCAAGGUCUACUCUGAUCAUCAGACCUUGCAGAAACUGAAGGAGGAUCUGAUCGAACACACCGCCAAGGAUCCGGACCUUAGUCCCAUCCUUGAGCAGCUCAAGGCUGACCCUAACAGACAGCCUGAUUUUCAUGAAUGCGAGGGUCUUGUAUUUCACCGGUAUGGGAAGUUUGACUGCUUGUGUGAUCCCAACCAUGCGCCUCUCCGAACUCAUUUCUUGGACCUGGCACAUGGUCGGAGUGGACACUUUGGCUUUGAGAAGACUUAUGAAAGUCUUCUGCAGCAGUUUGACUGGCCAGGGAUGAAAGGAUCUGCUCAGAAAUUUAUUGCUGAAUGUCAGGUAUGUCAGAGAACCAAAGUCCACAGGCAUAAGCCUUAUGGCCUGCUGAGGCCCCUCCCCAUUCCUGAUGGACCCAGUGAAUCGAUCUCCAUCGACUUCACGGACAUGGGAAAGGUGAGUGCAGCAGGGAAUUCACAGGUCAUGGUCAUCGUGGAUCGUUUCUCCAAAUUUCUGAAUCUGAUCCCUUUCCCUCCCCAUGCACCAACUGAACUUGUCAUUGAGGAAUUCCAUCAGCAGUACAUUCUGCAGUUUGGCAUCCCGAAAACUAUUGUGAGUGAUCGGGACACCAGAUUCAUCAGCAAAGAUUGGAAGGACUUCACGUCGCAGAUCUACGACAUUAAAUUGAACAAGACUUUUGGUCGACACCCCGAAGCCAAUGGAUUGGCUGAGGAGAUCAACUAGACUGUCAUCCAACUACUCCGCGCAUUGAUUGUUCCAGAUCAGAACACGUGGGACAAGGAGCUGCACAAGGUAAAGGGACUGUAUAACAAUUCCAUUCAUUCU